ACCGGAAGGGCGCGCGGCCGCCGGGGUCUUGGAGCCGUUCCGGGCCGACGGGACGCAGCCAUGGGGAAGAGGCAGCACCAGAAGGACAAGAUGUACAUCACCUGCGCCGAGUACACGCAGUUCUACGGCGGCAAGAAGGCAGGUAAGGUGGCAGAGUUACGCUAUCGUUGUUAGGUGACCGAUGUUUUAAUCUGCACCGCUGCCCGAGCUCUGCGCUUCCGUGAGCUUCCACUGGCUCGUGCCUGCUCCCAUGGCGGUGCGGCGAGAAACGUCCAGUUUGUCUCUACAGCCAUUUGAAUACCCCGUUUGCACACCGGAUGGGACGGUCUUUGACAUACUGAGCAUUGUUCCUUGGAUAAAGAAAUACGGAACCAAUCCAAUCACAGGAGAAAAGCUAGAUGCCAAAUCCCUUAUAAAGCUGAAUUUUGCUAAGAACAGUGAAGGUAAAUACCACUGCCCAGUGCUGUUUACUGUAUUCACCAAUAACUCCCACAUUGUGGCCAUCAAGACAACGGGAAAUGUGUUUGCCUAUGAGGCAGUUGAGCAGCUGAACAUCAAACCAAAGUGCUACAAGGAUCUCUUGACGGAUGAGCCCUUCACUCGGCAAGACAUUGUGACACUGCAGGAUCCAACAAACCUGGAUAAAUUCAAUGUCUCUAACUUCUUUCAUGUUAAGAACAACAUAAAAGUAGUUGAUCCAGAUGAAGAAAAAGCAAAAUUGGAUCCAUCUUAUUAUUUGAAAAAUACAAAUACAGAGACCCGAGAGACUUUACUGGAGCUUUACAAGGAAUUCAAAGGGGAUGAUAUUCUAGCAGCUACUAUGAAGGCUCCCGAAAAGAAGAAGGUGGAUAAGCUGAAUGCUGCUCAUUAUUCCACUGGCGCAGUGAGUGCUUCCUUCACCUCCACUGCGAUGGUACCUGAAACCACCCAUGAAGCAGCUGCUAUUGAAGAUGAUGUUGUAAGAUACCAAUAUGUGAAGAAGAAGGGCUAUGUACGACUUCACACUAACAAAGGAGACUUAAAUUUGGAGCUGCACUGUGACAUGACACCUCGCACCUGUGAAAACUUUAUCAAAUUGUGUAAAAAGAACUAUUAUGAUGGAACAAUUUUUCACAGGUCAAUUCGUAAUUUUGUGAUUCAAGGAGGUGAUCCGACUGGAACGGGAACAGGAGGAGAGUCUUACUGGGGAAAACCAUUUAAAGAUGAAUUCAAGCCCAACUUGUCCCAUACAGGACGUGGUAUUCUUAGUAUGGCCAAUUCCGGACCUAACACAAACAAAUCGCAGUUCUUUAUCACAUUCCGCUCUUGCGCUUAUCUGGACAAGAAACAUACAGUGUUUGGAAGAGUGGUCGGUGGCUUUGAGACUCUGACUGCUAUGGAGAACGUGGAAAGUGACCCGAAAACAGACCGUCCCAAGGAGGAAAUACGAAUCCAGACAACAACCGUUUUUGUUGACCCGUAUGAGGAGGCAGACGCGCAGGUUGCUGCAGAAAGAGAGAAGGUUCAGCUGGAAGAAGAAGCAGCCAAAACAAAAGCUGAGGUGGUCCCACUGAAGAAAGAGGUCCAGACUCCUAAAACUUACCGGCAGGGGAUUGGAAAAUACAUUAACAUGGCUGCAGCGAAGCGCAGUGUGGAAGAUGACGGGCCCUCAACAAGCACAGCUGCAAAGAAAGAGAAGAAGAGCACAGGCUUUGGGGACUUCAGCUCCUGGUAGCACUGCAGCAGCACAGCAAAGAAGAAGAGGCGGCCUCCCACGUGUCCCUGAAGAGCCCAAAAGACAAUCUGUCCUGGGGAGAGGGAAGGCACCAGCCUUCACCGCGGAAGAAAACUGUUGCUUUGUUAAGGCUGGUUAAUGUGGCUUUGUUUUCUGGAGAUCUGUGUUGCCCCCAACUGCAUCUUUCUCGCAGGCCUUUUUGUUGUUGUUCAGCUGAGCAGGGAGCGGGCAGCCCAGCUCCGCUGGGGAUUAGCUGGAGCCUUUCUCUGCUCAGCCAGCAGCAUCCCAGGCAGAGCCCAGCCUUGCAGGACGCUGCUUCAGUGAACAGCUACAUUGUGAAAGAGCUUCUUUUACAGGUAAUCAUUUCCAGGCACGCCGGCUCUGCCUGAUGAAUUGGUGUGCUGGGGAAGCGCCCGAGCUGCUGGAACGCUCUGCAGUGGGGAGGAGAGGGCUGCAGCCUGUCCUGCCUUUCCUUUCCAGCUGGCUUUUGCUUGUUCUCAGCAAGGACCAGUUCCAUCUUUUGCUCUUGGCUCCUGGCUGGACUGACUGCUGUCAGUCUCCACAGGGCCUCGCUCGCUCUGAAAUGAGCUCUGUGCACCCGUGUGUUCUGUAGCAGCCUGGAAAGCAGUGAGCCUGAGCAGUGAGCAGCGUGCCUGCUGCAGGGGCACCGAGUUCCUCCGGCAGCUGGCCUCGCUGGAGCCCCUGCGCAGCCGGGGGCCGGGCUGCCCCAGCUCAGAGCUGCCCUGUGGGUCCGGAAGUGUCAGCCUGGAGCAAUUGAGCGGGAACAGAAACAACAUCACAGCAUUUUUUUAGCCAUCCCCGAGGGCUGCUCCUUGCAGGGGAGCACACAUGUUGUUCUGUUGCAGCAUCAGUCCUCGCUAUUAGGGAAAACAACGUAAUGUAGCUGUGAGGCAUCAGAUAUUUCCUUCCGUAGCCACACUGUUAGGAUGCUUACACAAGGCCUUAUGGAUGACAGAGUGCCAGCCUGGGAAAUGUAAUGUGUGUUACCCUCACUUGCAGGUGGUACACUAGAUCCUGAAUGUGACUUUUCAGCUCACCUCAGCUGUUUCCAGAGCACAGCAGUACCCUCUCUCCCCUGUCUGGCUGAGGAGGUAGUUUUGUAGUCAUCUUUGUAACCAGUACAUUUGUAUCGGUUGUUUAAGAGCUUAAAGUCUCCAUUUAUAGGAAACUGCUGUUAAAAAAAAAAAAAAUUUUGGUAAAGGGUUUUGCAAUUAAAUGCUUUUAUUUUCUUUUGAA